AUGCCUCCUCGUCGCUCCCAUCAGAAAUCCCACACUGGCUGCCUCACUUGCAAGCGCCGUCAUGUCAAAUGUGAUGAAACGGGCCCACCUUGCAAGCGUUGUGAAACCCGAAGCACAAUAUGCGAAUACCCACAUCUCAACCUCGAUCCACAAUCCUUGUCUGCACAUACACCAGAAGAAGCAGGUCGCACGACAGAAACAACACUUGAUUCACACCCCAUCUGCCCGUCCUUUCCUACCAAUCGUCACCACCUGGACCUUCAACUUAUGCAUCGAUGGACUGCAAGUACAUAUAAAAGCUGCUGCACACCGGGAUCUGGUGACGAGGCGCUCUGGCAGCUCAUAGUACCCGCUCUUGCACUCGAAUACGACUUUCUUUUACACGGAUUACUAGCCCUGUCAGCAUUCGAAUGCGCCAGCAUCCUCAAGAAACAUGACCGAGAAAGUCCAAGCUACCAAGAAUAUAUAAAAUCCGCGCUUGAGUACCAAGUUCUUGCAUUAGCCAGUUUCCGUGCUCAAAUCACCUCUGACCAGUGCGAGAACCAAAGAGCCGCACUCUGUUUUUCGCUAAUGCUAAUGGUCCUAGCAUUUGCGUCAGUUCGAUUUAAACAACAUGCAUCGUCAGAUGAUGAGGAAAGCGUCCUACAGACAACGAUAGUUCAUUUUGAGCUUGUUCGCGGCGCUGUGCAGGUCGCGACUGGCAAGGAGGAUCUAAUUAGGCAGAAUGAAUACGUGCAAAAUCUAGUGUCAUUCCAAGAUCUGCCUUCAACACUCCUGGAUUCAUCCAUCGCGGAGAUCAUUUUAGAUCUCGUUGACAUGAACGACAAGAGGAUUGUUGAGACUGUCCAGGAGAUACAGGAGGAACGGAUUCGGCAAAUUGCCUUUUGGGAGGCGUGCAAGAAGGCUUUAUCUUUGCUGCAAGAAUGUUUCCAGAAGUGCGUCGGUCCUGUGUAUCGAGGAUAUGCACUUGGGUGGCUCAACAUGGCUGGAGAAGGAUAUAUCAACGCUCUUAACGCGAAUGAUCAUAUCUCGCGGGUAAUACUGAUGGUUUGGGGUAUUCUUGUUGAGAGACUCGGAGACGACGUGUGGUGGGCCCAGCAAUAUGGAACCUCGUUGAUAAAAGAAUUAUCAAAUGAUGAGUUGAAUAAUACCACUGAUCCGUCCAUACGGACUACUAUCAGAAGGAUCCUGGAAUUUAUAGAAACGAUGGCAUGCGAUCGCGAGCAUCAAUAG